AUGGACAAGGCUGUUCAAACACCCAGACCCAAGGUGGUCUUCGUCAUGGGUGCCACCGGCACCGGGAAGUCCAAGCUCGCCAUUGAUAUCGCAACCCGCUUCUCCGGAGAGGUGGUUAAUUCUGACAAGAUACAACUCCACGACGGCCUCCCUGUCCUGACGAACAAGGUCACCCCGGAGGAGGCUGCUGGCAUCCCCCAUCACCUCAUCGGUGUUCUCCGCCCGGAGGACGACUGCACUGCGUCCGAGUUCCGCCGAAUGGCCUCUUCCGUCGUAGCGGCCAUCGUCGCCCGCGGGCGCCUUCCCGUGGUCGCAGGCGGAUCUAACUCGUUUUUGGAGGAACUUGUGGAUGGUGCAGGUGGUGAGUUCCGCGAGACCUACGACAUCUGCUACCUCUGGAUUGACGUGGCUUCCCCUGAGCUGUACCAGUCUGUGGCUGAUCGCGUGGAGAAGAUGGUCAAGGUGGGUCUGGUCGACGAAGUCCGUGGCAUCUUCCGCGCGGAGGACGACAAAUACAGCAAAGGAAUACGGCGCGCCAUCGGCGUACCGGAGAUGGUCGGAUACUUUCGACUCGAGCCGCUGGCUGACGCAGACUUGCAGGCGCUUCUACUUGAAACAGCCAUAGAUCUUAUCAAGGGCAACACGAAGAAGCUCGUCGGUUCGCAGCUGGAAAAGAUUUCCCGACUGAGGACUCUCCCGGGGUGGGACAUCCGUCGUAUCGAUGCCACCGAGGUGUUCGGUAAGUGCGGAGAGGAGGCGAUUGUGGCGUGGGAACGUUUCGUGCUGAAGCCGGUGUUUCGUAUCUUGAGGGACUUCUUGACGGCUGGUCGAGAAGUGGAUUCCACUGGCGGCGAGGAGAUUCUGACGGGGAAGGAAAAAGAUGUUUCCAAGGUGGAUCCUCCUGCGUCGGAUGAGCUUGUUUCUAAGGUGGGACCGCCUGGUUCUGAAGAUCUCCGUUGCAAGGUGGAGCCACCUGCUUCUGAAGAGCUAAGUUCUAUGGUGGAAGCUCAUACUUCUGGAGGCCUCGGUUCCAAAGUGGUGCCUCCAGAUUCUGAAGGAGGGGAUUCAUUCACCGUGGCGCCUUGA